AUGGCCCUCGCUUUAAAAAUAAUUGCCGGUUUGAUACUGGCACAUCUGGCCCUUGCGAAUGCUAUUCCAGUGCAUUUUCCACAUGAAAAAACGAUCGUUUAUAAGUACACUGCCGAUGUCAAGACCGGCACUUUAGAACCGGAAAAUUAUGCAUCACAGUUUUCAUUAGAGGGUCUUCUUUACAUGAGACACGUUUCGAAUGAUUUGAAGAAUCAUCAUUCUUUUUACGUGGCUUUAACAGAACUUAAACAUGGCAUGUUUAAUGGUCAGAUUGACUACAAUGAAAAAAUUCGUCGCAUUCAUCCCAUAUCUGAGACUGUUACGGUUCUUCAAGAUCCAUUCAUGGUCGUGUAUGACGAUAAUGGAAAGCUUCAUGGAGUGAAAAUUCCAAACACAGAGAGUGAUUGGUCAAGGAACAUGAAACACGCAAUAGCAACUUCAUUGCAACUUGACUUUUCCAUGAUCAAUUUUGGAUCUGAUAUGAACACUCAUCAAUUUAUUUCGGAAGAGCGCACCAUCCAUGGAAUGUGUCAAAUGGACCUGUUCGUUGUUCCAAUGAAAGAAGAGAAGAACCACUUUCGUAUUAUGAAGACCUAUGAACCUAGGAAAUGCUCAGAGUUUAUUCAAAAUGAGUAUACCUUGGUGGAAGACAUAGGCUGUAAUGAUGUUGAGGAAGAUAUGGUCACAUCUGCUUUUAAAGAAUAUGAAAUUGAAAAAAUGAAUGAUGAGAUAUUGAUAAAGAAAUUCGUAGGGCAUUCAACCAUCAAUUACUUACCAUGGCUACAUCGAUCUGAAGCUCAUUUCAUUUUGACAAACCAAACUCUUAUCUUUGAGAAGAUGAUCUCCACUUUAGACAUGAAGUUACCAACAAUGAACUUUGACCAUGUGCCCUUGACCCAAAAUGUAUCUUACAAGCCACCAAACAGCAAGUACGCUGUACACGCAGCACCAGACGUAACUCAUGGUCGUCAUAUUGUCAAAUUGGACCUUUUGAUGCCAAAGUUGAAAAAGAUGUUGGAAGAAGCUGCUGAUUAUCUUGAUGAGAACCACAUAACGAUGAGAGAUCCAGAAUGGAAACAUGGCCAAACUAUUAACCGCCUUCUGCAAACAAUGAUCCAGAUGGAUCCCGGUUCAUUGGAACAGGUCUACAAUGUCAUUCAAGGUGACAAAACCCAACGAGAAACUACUGUGAAGAACCUAUUUCUUGAAAUGCUGCCUCAUGUUGGUACAACUGCGUCCAGUCUAUUCAUCAGGAACCUGAUUCGCAAAAACGUCCUUCCUCAAACAUCAACAAUCGGGUUGUUGAACAAACUCCCUUCUUUUAUUCGAACCCCAUCAGAAAAAUUUCUUUCGGAAAUGGAAGAUUUAAUUAAAUUUGGUGACAAUGUUCAUAAAGACGUUCGAAAGGCUGGUAUCCUUUGCUUUUCUUCUUUGAUAUACAAAACAUACAAACCCAUGUUUGUUAAGAUGGGGGCUAAGGUCGAAAAGAAUCCAUUAAUUCUGGAUAGGUACUUGCAUGACUUCUUGGAAAAAGUCAAGAAUGAGCCUCUAUAUGAAAUGAAGAUAGUGUACCUAAUGGCACUUAGGAACAUCAGGGUAGGCAAUGUUCAGACACUUUUGAUGCCAAUGAUAACGAAAGAAGUCUUAUUCCCAGAAAGACCAGAGGAAAUACGCUUAACGGCCUUGUGGUCAAUUCUCAGUAUUGUGCCGCGCGAUAGUUUAUACGUACAAUCCAACAUUUGGCCCAUUUUAGCUAAUCCUAAAGAACCCCUAAAACUUCGAUUAACAGCUUGUGCAGUCCUUAUGGCAAACGUGCGAAACACGAAUGAUAUGAUGAACCUAUACUGGUACAUGGUUUCUGAAAAAAAUCCACAUCUCCAUAAUUACUAUCAUACUUCACUGAAACGUUUGGCUAACUCGGUCAGUCCAUGCAAGAGGGCAGUUAGUGAAAUGGCAAGGAAGAUGCUGCGUUUCACGAGACCUAGGAAUCAAAAAAUGUCAUUGUCAGCUUUUUAUAGUAUGGAAUACAAUGAUCCAAAGUACGGUCAUGGCGAAGCUGUUGUAGCUAAUCUCUUUAUGACUGAAAGACUUGGCCUACCGAAUUUGGGAAACAUCAUGCACAUCAGUUCUCUCGGGAGAAAAAUGUUCCACCAACAUGGAAUUCACUGGAACACAAAUUUAUUUGAUUUCGGUCCCAAAGAAACUCCUAUAUUCGAAAAAAACAUGAAUUUAAAUGUUGCGGAUGAAAAAGUAAAGAAAAUUCUUCUUCAGGCAGCUGAGGACCUACAUAGACAGGAUCAAGAAUUAUUUGCUGAUAUUGUCCUAUUCAUGCAUGGUCAAGUUAUCAUGGUAAAGCACUAUGAUGCCAAUACGAGUAGCACGGCAAAUCUCAUGAGUGAUUUUGUAGAGAUGGCAAAUAUGAAGGAUAACAGUAUAUUAAAUUGGCAACACAUAAUGUACCACAAUCUUUAUCAUAUACAUGUUCCAACGGAUUUGGGAGUACCUGCUACAAUGGAAACUUCUAUUCCCUAUGCAGUAUCCCUUCGAUUGAAUCAAAAAAAGCAUAUAAACGAGUAUGUCAAAUUAGAAAUUGAUCCAAGAAUUUGGAGACAUGGAGAAUACAGAAUGUCCGUCUAUAAUCCGAUUGCUGAUAUUUGGCAUUCUGUACACAGAGUUACAACAACUGAUGUUGCUUUUCCUUUAGGAAUUUUUAUUAAAACGACACAAAUGGGUUUUUCGAAAGGCUUUGAUUUGAAUACAGUCGUGACUUUGGCGAGACUUCCUGAUCCAAAGUUGUCUGUUUCGGGUGUACGAAUUUAUGCAAUGAAUCAUGUAACUAUUUUGGGCGACGAGACUGACUUACUGUUGAAACAUUGUGGUUCUUGCAAACAUCAUGAGGUUGUUACAAAGGGAAUGGAACAUAGGAAGUAUUAUAAGAAAGUUGUUGAUUGUAAGGAUACUGGCCUUCGAUACACAAGUGCGAUUUUUGAUUGUGAAAAUGGGUUGACUCCAAUGGAGUACUUGAAGGAAAUGUAUAGAUCUCUAGCAAAAGAAAGCAAAAGUCAUUGGGGAAGCUGGCUUGCGCAUGUCUUUUUGUCCGUGACCCAGCAGAUUUCGAAUGAUAUUAGCUCACCAGAGGUUGGUACAUGUGGGAAGUUAUUGAAGAUAGAACCAAGUUCGAUUUAUCCAAGUUCUGAGGUUGUGAUAAGUGUAAACUGUAACUUAAGAGGAAUCAAAGAUUUGACCGAAGCUCCUUCACAUUUAUUGAAUGGAUUGCAAAACGAACUUUUCAUAAAGGCUGAUGUUAAAGGAUCCACUUCGAAUGAUUUGAUAAGUUCAUGGAACCUGGUCAUCAAACACGAUCUGACUCAUGAUUAUAUUAAGAAUAGAUUUGUUUUAUUUUUGACUAGAUUAGCACCAGGAGAGAGAGCCUUAAAAAUGGAAUUGGAAGUAGAAAAGGUCUAUCCUGAAGUAUUGGAUGAUUUACUGAAAAUUAGAAUGGGUCAAGAGGAAGUGAAUACAAAAGUCAGCUUCAAUAUAAUACGUGAUCCAUUUCCUGAUACGAAAAUAACGCUGAAUAUAAAAGGUGAAGUUUCUGAAGAACAAAGGAAAAAAUUCUGGCAAACGAGGAAUUCUAGUGUAGUGAAUAUGGAUGAAGAGUCUUGUGCUAGGGAUCAAAAGCUUGAUAUUUUUACAAAUCCAACACAUCUUAUACCCAGAACUUGGAACUGUAUUCGUGACGCUUUGAUCUUUACGGAAAUGAGGAAAUAUACUGUAGAAGCUAACUGGCAAGAGGUACCAUCAGAUAUGUCUUGGGCAUUGGCUACAAUAAUGGAUUAUGUUUGGACUUUCCUACCACCUCGAAUCCGACACAAUUGGUGCCCACAUGAUAAUUAUAUGAAGGUAUCAUUCCUAUUUCCAAUGUAUAAAAACACGAUGGAUAUCAAUGUUAUAAAAAGGGACAAUUGUUCUGACUUCACCGUCUUGGAAUUUCCAAUUGAAGCUGAAAUUUCAAGUCUUUUAAUGGAUACGAGUCAUGUCUUUUUAACGCCACUUUACAGUGAUAUGUUGUUACCAAUUUGUACAAUAUACCCCAAGGUUCUUUUAUCAAUGGAAAACAUUUCAGUUCCAUUAAUUGUUCCUUCCGAGUGGGCUCUUCUGACUGGUGAUAGUGUCCAUCUUUCUUAUGCCAUUUUUGUAAAGUCUUUACCAGAUAAUACCUUGGAUAUGAUGAUGGUUGUGGAAAAUCACAAGUUGGAGUUGUUGUCAAGGAAUUACAGAGUGGUGGUUAAAAUCGAUGGUAAUGUUAUCGAAAAUCCAUCGAACCAAGUAUUUGUUGAUGGACCUUUUAACUUCAUUUCCAGGAUAGUAGAAAAGAACGACGGACUUGUAAUUCUGCAAUCCAGUAAGACUGGAUUUUUAUGGAUAGAAUAUGCUUUGACUAGUGUAAGCAUAUUCGGUGUAAGACAACACCUUGAUGUUGGUUUAUGCGGUUACGUACAUGAUGAAAAUAUGAAGACUGUGCCAAAAUUAUAUACCUUACAAGUGUAA